CCGCCAUUGCCAGGCCUGCCGGGUUCCUCUGCGCAGCUUCUUCUCCUCCCUGGGUAGAGCCGGGCACCGGCCCAACGGGGCAUUCCCUGACCGGGCCCACGUCUUCCCACGGCCAGAGCGCACUGUCCCCAAACAGUGCACCUGCCGGCGGUCCCAACCCAGCGGGAGAAGUGGACAUGAGGUUGGCAGGCCCGCUCCGCGUUGUGGCCCUAGUUGUCACUGUGGGUCUUACCUGGAUCAUAGUCAGCAUCCUCCUGGGUGGGCCUGGCAGUGGAUUUCCUCGCAUCCAGCAACUCUUCAACAGCCCAGAAAGCUCUGUGACUGCAGAACCACGGGCCAGGAAGUACAAGUGUGGCCUGCCCCAGCCAUGUCCUGAGGAGCACCUAGCCUUCCGCAUGGUCAGUGGGGCUGCCAACGUCAUCGGACCCAAGAUCUGCCUCGAGGACAAGAUGCUCAUGAGCAGUGUCAAGGACAACGUGGGCCGUGGGCUGAACAUUGCCCUGGUGAAUGGGGUCAGCGGUGAGCUCAUUGAGGCCCGUGCCUUCGACAUGUGGGCUGGAGAUGUCAAUGAUCUGUUGAAGUUCAUUCGGCCACUACAUGAAGGUACCUUGGUGUUUGUGGCAUCCUACGACGACCCAGCCACCAAGAUGAAUGAAGAGACCAGGAAGCUUUUCAGUGAGCUGGGCAGCAGGAAUGCCAAGGAGCUAGCUUUCCGCGACAGCUGGGUGUUUGUGGGGGCCAAGGGUGUGCAGAACAAGAGCCCUUUUGAGCAGCAUGUGAAGAACAGUAAGCACACCAACAAGUAUGAGGGCUGGCCUGAGGCACUGGAGAUGGAAGGCUGCAUCCCGCGGAGAAGUGUGGCCAGCUAGCACAGCCAAUCACCAGGACCAGGCCGAGGGAGUCUGCAUGGUGCCAACACAGAGUCGAGGUCUUGCCCCAUGCCCAGGCAGGAGGCUCCCCAGCCCCAACACAUCAGGGCUCUGAGGCAGUGACCCCAAGAUGAUGGGGACUGUGGAGCUGGCCCAUCAUACUUUGUCAUAGGAGCCCAGGUACCCAUCUCCUUUUCCUAAAGCUGGUCCCAGUCAGCCCCCACUUAGCCCUUUCUUCCACUCAUGUCAUCUCCUUCCCAAUUCCCAAGUGCCCCUGGCUGCAAAGGCUCUAAGUGCCCAUUCUUCUCACUGUAGUAGCUACUUGGCAGGUUGGGGCAUCUUCCAGAACCUCUCCCUUCCAGACCCACUCACUAUAUUGUGGUCCAAACUUGCUUACAGUGUGAAUGCUUUCAGUGAGCCAAACCUAGUAAGCGCUUUCACAUGUCUGCCUGCCUCUAACCUCAGUCUCAGCAGGAGAGGGGCCCUUAGAGCAGACUGGCCUUGGGUAGUGAGGUAGACAGAGCCUGGUCACAGCCCCUAAUGCAGUACAUGGCAGUACGCGGUUUGUCAGAGGGCCCACCUUCUAGAUGACCUCUUAAUAAAUUGAUGGCCCACAAUGGAAUGAAAUGCAUUCAGAUGUUGUCCUCAGUGGAGAGUCAGGGGUGGUGUUAUGUGCAUGGAGGGGAUAAGUCCUAGAGACUCAGCCAACCUGUCCCCACAGCCUUAGCAGACAGCCUUUCUCUAUAGGGCCCCUGCCAUUGACUGCCCCCCCCCACAGUGGCUAAGAUGUGAUUCAAGGGGUAAGCAGAGUAGUUCCCCAGUUGGUGUCACCCAUAGCCUUAACUGGAGACAUGGUUCUGUCUUCUGGGACCCAAGGAAACUCACCAACUUCCUCCCACUCACAACGCACCUGUAGGGACAAGUAAAAUAACUAAAACCAGUCAAGGUGCUGACAUACCAAAUAAGGGGUAUAGAAGCACUCUGAGUUCCAAAAAACAAGAAAGGGUGGCUUGGACUUCCCAGAUGGGAGGAAUCAGGGCAUUGUGGUAAUUUUAGAAGACAGUCAGGCAUUCUUGAAGUAUCUGUGUUAGGGGGGUGAUGGACUUAGGAUCCUGCUGUACAGACAGGCUUUCUGAGCCUUCAACUCCUAGGUAUUAAGUGCUUCCAGACCCAGGGAAAGUACUGAGUGCAAAGCAAACCUUCAGAAUGAAAGUCAAGGGCAGAUAGAUAUCAAGUUAGUGCCCAGGAAAAAAGGCCCACCAGCAAGAAAGUAGUUUUUAUGCCAGAACUGCAAAGAUCAAACCAGAGAAAUGAGGACAGCUCAGCCUGCAUGUAGAUGAUGUUCGUAGCAGCCAAUGCCCAGCCCUGAGCCUGUGCCAAGCUCAUAAUAGUGUAUUCCCUUUUUCUAGGAAACAUUUUAGAGCUAUUUUAUGUUCACAGCAAAACUAAGCAAAAAAUAUAGUGUCUCCCUUCAUCCUCCAUUUGUUAAAAUCAAUGAAUCUACAUUGGUUUACAUUAGGGUCCACUCUUGGCAUUGUACAUUCUGAGUUUUGACAAAAUUGUGUAAUGACAUGUACCCACCACUAUAGUAUCAAAGGUGUAUUUAUUUCUAGAAAGAAAAAUUGCAGUCUGGGGAUUGAACUCAGGGUGCUUUACUACUGAGCUACAUCCUAGCCCUUUUAUCUUUUACUCUGAGACAGAGUCUUGCUAAAUCACUGUGGCUGGCCUCUAACAACUUGCAAUCAUAUUGCCUCAGCCUCCCAAGUCACUGGGAUUACAGCCAUGUCCACCAUGCCUGGCUCAUUUCUUAAAUAUCUUACUAUGGAAAAUUUCAAACAUCUCCAAAAGUAGAGAGAAUAAUAUGAUCAACUCCAAUGUACCCUUUACCAGGCUUCUAUAGUGAUCAAUACAUGGCUAAUGUCUUAUCUGCACAUCUGUACUCCCUAUAUGUUGAAGCAAACCCUACAAAAUUUGGCCAUUAUCCUCACUGUACAGAAAAAAGUAAAGGACCCUGUGAGCUUAAAGAGUUACAAUGGAGCCUAGAGGUUAGAAGCUAGGUGUAUACAAUUCCACAGGUUAGUAGCUUGCCCAAGAUGAAAUGGAACCUCACUGAGGGUACUCAGUGUAAGGCUGGGAAGUGUACAGACCUCACUAUGCCUCCCAAUGUGCUGUGAUUGUCCAAUUUUCCUCCAUUUGUCCAUUUGUUCACCAAACAUUUACAAAGUGCCUGUGUAGGACCAACCACUGUGCUGCAGAGUAGGAACACAUGAGAGAGCCAGAGUG